UCCCCCCUCUUCUCUCUAACCCGCCGUUGAUCGGUUUCCAGUCAGAAACAAAAACAAAAGCGGCGGGAGGAGGUGGAGGUGGUGGCGGCGGCGGGUUGUGAAGGCCGCCCGGAGAAUGUGCGACAUAGAAACUGGUGAAGGUGUAAGAGAAGAGGGAGCAAGAAGCAACGAGAAGAUCAAUUGUGUUCAUUUACUCUAGAAUAAAUGCAGAACUUCAUGAGAAACUCUUCACUUACACUCACCAUCGGGCAUAAAGUUACAGAUUUGGACAAAGCAGGUUGACUUUCUCCUCUGGCAUCUGUGUGGAAAGUGCCACACAAUCCCCAAACCAACAACGGCUUUUGCUUGCAUUUUCCAGUGUUUCUUUUGUCAGAAAGUGCAGCAAAGUUGUAAUUCAUCCAGUGCCAGCCCCGAGCUGAGUGAGGAGCCACCGACAGACAUGGUGAAAAUGACGAAGUCCAAAACUUUCCAGGCUUACCUGCCAAACUGUCACAGAACCUACAGCUGCAUUCACUGUAGAGCACAUUUAGCCAAUCACGAUGAAUUGAUAUCCAAGUCAUUUCAGGGAAGUCAAGGGCGAGCCUACCUCUUCAACUCUGUGGUAAAUGUUGGCUGUGGCCCAGCAGAAGAACGGGUCCUUUUAACCGGGUUGCAUGCAGUGGCUGAUAUAUACUGUGAAAACUGUAAAACCACACUCGGCUGGAAAUACGAACAUGCCUUUGAAAGCAGUCAGAAAUACAAGGAAGGAAAGUUUAUCAUUGAACUGGCACACAUGAUAAAAGACAAUGGCUGGGAGUGAGUCCUGUCCACUGCUCUCUGGCCAGGUUUUAUUACCGGCAAUGUAAAACUGAACUGUGGAAUUUGUUCUAGAGCAACCGAUAAAAUUUUGAACUUUACGGAAAAAAAAAAGUAACCUCAUGGAUUGGUAGACUAGUGUAUGGACACAUUGUGACUGGACUUGAAUAUUCACAUGUCUUUGAAGGUUCCUUCUCCCUUUUACUCUGCCCCCCCCCCCCUUAUAUAGGUGUAUUCUUGUGUGUGAUCAGCUGUUAGCGGUAUCUGCUGCAGCACACUGGAAUAGAUUCGCCCCAUCCACCGACUUGUAUACUUACAUGUCCCGGAGACCUGACUCACCUGUGUUGGCUUGCAGUUUUGUUCUUGUGCAUGCCUAUAUUCUCUGUUUUAUCCCUUCUCGCAUUUCGGCAUCCCAGUUCCAAAGUUGAAGAAAUGAGUGUGCAUUGGACAAGGUCAUACGAGGAAAAAGAAAACAACCAUCAACCUUGUAAGACUAAUUCAUGGAACUUGCAGUGCGAGGCAUUCCAUGUCCUGGGCCUGAAGACACUGGGAAUGACAAGACAGUGUUUUCAACGCCUUCAGUGCAUGUUCAAGACUUCAAACUCCGUGCUGCUGUUAGGGGGAGGGGUUCCAAAGUGCAGAGAAGCGCCAACUUCCAGUUGUUCCUUUUGGUUUACACAUAUUUAGGAACUCCUGAGGAUAGGGAAAGGCUCCCUUGGGGAAAAAAACUAAUAUUAUGACAAUAUUUCUUGUCCUAAAUAUUAUUUGCUCCAGACUAUAUGUUUUGGAAACCCUGUGCAAAGAAAAAGAAUAAUUUUGAUGGAGUGGUGGAACAGUUGUUGCAGACCUCUCACGUGGGAGCAAGAUGGUUUGCAGAGGCGGUUAUUGUGUAACUAGCGCUGCAGACGUAAGAAACGUGUUAUGGCUGGUUCCAUAAAACAUGAAUUUAAUGCACUGGAUUGAGAGGGCAUUGAAAUGUUGUUAGGCAUGCUCCUGCUUUUUUGCACAUUCACAAAGUAGGGAAUCUUUCUGGUGAAAAGGCCCUCCUUGUUUGUAUAGUAUAUUUCCCAUUUUUGUGUAGCAUAGGUAAUUUAAGCCUAGGGGUGUGGAUGGUUUGCUGGUUAAAUCUCUCCCAAAGUUUAUUGCAUCUUAUUUUUAUCAAAACAAGAACCUGAACAAUAUAUCUAAGUAAAUGUUACGUACAUGUUACAUUGCACAGUGCGGCUGCUGUGGAUGGAAGAAGGAAAUUGUGACAGACUGAGCCUACCCAUCCACUAUUUCCCUGUGUGGCAUGUAUCCCCGUGGGGCUGCUUUUCUUAUGGGAACCAUAAAGUAGCCGCACAUUUUCCUCUUCUACAGGCAUCCCUGGAUGAGGCGUGGACCUCGGCUCUAAAUGUAUUUGCUCUGCGCUUUUGUAGUUGAUGUGUGCUUUGCAUUUCCUUAGCUUCUUAGUUUUCUCUCUUUUUAAAUAAGUGAAAUGUAAUCUUCUAUCUUCUGCACAUAACCUACUUGGAAAGAAGUUAAUGCAUUCAUCAGCCUUCAUAGGGCUAAGGGGUUACAACAAAGACAUCAGUUUUGGCUUUUGCAGGACCAUUUAUUUUUCUACACUACCACUACUGUGAGCACUUUGAAUUGAAUGAUAAUAUGGAAAUCCAUGCGAUAGCAAUGCUACUAUUUCCUGCCCUUCAAAACAUAAUCUAUGUAAUUCUAUGUAAUGCCAACUCUCAGUGUGAUGACUGACGCAAUGCUGCUUAAUGCAUUAUCUAGAACUAGGCUGAACCGCACUUUAUGCUUAUUGUCAAUUGCAGCUACCGCUUUUCUUAUACUUCUAAAAGGUAGAUUACUGCUACGGUGUAUAGAUAGAAAACCUCUUUUCUUCAGUGCAUUCUUCACAUACAGAUCAGUCACUCUUUGCUCUGUGUGUAUCCGAUCUUGAUAUGGUUGGAAAUCUACCAUUGCUGUAAUCUAUCAACCUCUGCUGGUACUGUGAAAGGGGUUUUAAAAACAGUGAAAAGGAACAUGUAGGAGUUAAUCCUUUAGCUUGACUUGUGGUAUAGUCACAUGCAGAGGUAAUGGUGCGACACAGAGCCAAUAGGAGCAGUUUCUAUUAAGAUCUGCCGCAUUGCCACCUCUACAUGUGACUAUACUCAAGAGGUUGUGCUCAACCAGUGUAAUCUUUAUCCCAGGUUCCUCUAAACUAGAGUGGAAACAUUACCUUCUAUAUCCCUAUAUAUUUUGCUAUGCACUUUGCUCUUUAUCCAUUGAACACGUGCACAGAUAAGUUAUGCACAGUUCAACGUGAUUAUUGGCCUCCAAAUUUUUAUUUAAAGCAGAAUUUUACUAAAGAAACAGCCGCCAUUAGUAGCCUGUUCUUGCCUUGUGAACAAAGUACCCACCAAUCACUAAUGGCUCCCGGUUGUGGCUACGGUUAUAUAUAAAUAUAUAGGACAGUCUGGUUACUGGUCCUGACAUGUCUUUUUGUUUUACAGCAGUUUGCAUAAAAACUUGAAAAAUAUAUGUACAAAACUAAAAAGUAAAAAAAAAAAAAAUCCAUCUAACCAAUUUUUUGUAUAUAAUAUUAUGGGUAAUAUUUAAGCAUUUUUGUGUUUGUGGUAAAGUUUCCUCCCUCCAAAAAUCUUUUUUUUUUGUUUUUUUUUGUUUUUUUUUCUCUUUAAAUAAUUUGUGUAGCUACUUAACACAUUUUUGUGUGUGCGUGUGUUUUAUAUUGUGUUUUUUUGUUUGUUUGUUUUUUUUUAUAUAAAAACAAAGCUGUUUGGAAAGUCAUUAGGAUUCAUUACAUUUUUUGUGUUCCAGUACUAAAACUGUCCCUGUACCCAUCUGGUAGGCUCUCAGCUUUGUCAUGGCUGCCUCUGGGUACUAAAUGAUGAUCGGGGGUUUGUACUUAAUCAGGUGCUCUGUUCUACAUGUCCCAAUGACUAAGAAGUUGAAUAGUACUUGACGUGACUUUUACUUGAUUCAGUGCUGUUCCACUUUAGGUCCAACAAUGAUAUUCUACACCUGCCCGAUGUGACAUUUAGGACUUCAUUUUGAUACCUUUGCAUUGUACCAUACUUUUCCAACAAAAUUCUUAUCCAGGAUUUAGAACAACGGACUUCAUUAUGUCUCUGAAAUUUCUCUCUUUUGAGCAUUUCCAGAUAAAACUAGGAUGUGUUCUCGUACCAGAUACUAUAGGCAAUCAGCCAGUCGGCAUCUAAGAUACAUGUUAGCUGGGUAAAGCCUUGCCAGUCCAUGUGAAGAGAUGGUCUACCUCUCCUUUCUACAACUUACAUGAUUAAAUGACCUCUUAUCGUUUUCACAACUAGGUGCAUAGUUCAUUGUAAAGUGCACUUAUUUUGCUUUAUUUUAUGUAUUGGCAGUUUUUUGGGGGCUCCAAGUAGAAAAUAUGUGAUGUGUCUUAUGCCCCUGUGAGUUACAUUUCUGCACUAUUGGGGUAAUGCUGGUGGCAGCUGUGAAUUAAGAUCUUGCCUCUCGCAUUUCUUACAGGAGUUGGAUUUUUUUUUCGCCCUACAACCUAGUUGGCUUCAUGGCAAAGAUUAGAAAAGAAUAGUUCUAACCGAAAUUCUCAACCCUGUGACAGAAUUAAGAUGCCCCAGAAUAUAAUGAGUUAAAUAGGCCUAAGCUUUAUUCAAUGUGCGUAUUGCUAACUUGGACCACAUCAGUGUUAGAAGUCUGCUGAGCAGAGCUUCUUGAUGUUCAUCCAUGAAAGACCUUCUAAAGUGAGCUAGGACUUACAGACAGAGCCACUGUUCUGAUUGGGACAUGCUGCCACACUAUGUGAUGCCUAGUGCCGACACUUCACUCACUAUUUUACACCAUUCACACUGAAUUAUUAUUAUUAUUUUUUUUGAGAUGUCAUAGCUUUGCUGUUCUGUCCUAGCUAUAUUGUACAACACUUGUGUGAAUUGUUUCACGUUGUUGUAUACAAUUUGAGGUAUCACAAUAAAAGGCUUUAAUCAGC